GAUCAGGAGACACUAGCAUCGUGGAGCGCAAACUCCAGAAGCUAAAGGGGGCUCUGGAGCGUGUGGAGGAAGGGGGAGGUGCGUCUGACUCAGGUGUGUGAGGAAGGGGAGAAGCUCCUUCUCCAUCUCCCUAAGGCCAGCGCUGGCCAGGUGCAGCAGCACCUCUCCUCCAUCCAGCAGGACUGGGACCGCUUCGUAGAGCAGUGUAGACUCAACCAACAGGCCCUGGAGGACAGCACUGCACAACUAAAUGGGUUUGAGAGCCGUCUGAAGAGGCUGAAGCACUGGCUGGAGCACAUGGAGCAGAGGCUGAACACAGAGCUGCCUGAGGAGAAACACAGGGAUCCUGAGAAGGCAACACUGGAGAGGGUGGAAGGAUACCACCAGGACGUGCUCAAAGAAAGGGACUCGUUCGAGCGACUGUGUCAGGAGUCGCAGGCCCUGAACGAAGGUGGACGGGGCGACGGUGGCGAGAUGCGGGCGGCUGCGGGGCUGCAGUCUCAGCACCAAGGUCUGCUGCGGAGGGUGAGGGAGAAGCUGCGGAGCUGCCAGAUGACCCUACAGGAACAGCAAGCAUUUGAGGAGACCCUGCAGAGCACCUGGUCCUGGCUGAACGGUGUACAGGAACGACUAGGGAGCCUCAACAGUACACUGGGGAACAAGGAGAAGCUGGAGAAGAGGCUGGGACUUGUGCAGGACAUCCUGCUGAUGAAGGGCGAGGGCGAGGUGAAGCUGAACAUGGCGGUAGGGAAGGGCGAGCAGGUCCUGAAGCACAACAGUGUGGAGGGACAGGAGGCCAUCCGCUCCCAGUUACAGAACCUGAAGGACGCCUGGGCCAACAUGCUCAUGACCUCCAUGAGUUGUCACAGUCGUCUGGAGUGGACGGUGGCCCUGUGGAGUAGCUACCAGGAGAGUAAGGGUCAGCUGCAGCAGUGGAUGGAGUCUGUAGAGCAGGAGGUGGGUCUGGCGCUGGCCCAGCAGCCAGGCCUGAAGGAAAAGGCUUCUCUCCUGGAGCGUCUCAGAGCCCUGCAGGCUGACGUGGAGGCUCAUACAGCACCACUGGCCAGGCUGACAGAGAAGGCUGCAGAGCUGCAUGAGAAGACAGGCAACCAGGCCUUCGGACCAGAGCAGAGAAUGGAGCUUAAUGCGCACUUUGCUGAUAUCACCGCUGUCGUCAAGGGUAAGGUUCACGCCAUGGAGAACAUAGUGACUGAGCAUGAGCACUACUUGGAAGCGGUGAGGGACUUCAAUGAUUGGCUGACCUCUGCCAGGGAGGAGCUCCAACGCUGGUCGGAUCUGUCAGGAGACUCCACCUCUGUAAAGAGGAAGCUCGCCAAAGUUCGGGAGCUGAUAGACUCCAGGCAGUGUGGCCGAGAGCGUCUCAGCCGAGUGCAGCGUUGUGGGGCUGCAGCGAGGGACCACACGGGCUCCGGGGGCUUCGAGGCAGUGGAGAGGGAGGAGGCAGCCCUGCUGUCUGCCUGGGAGCACUGGGAGCGUGGGGCACUGCAGACCAGGGCAGGCCUGGAGACUGCGCUCUCUCAGAUUGCCAGUUCAGAACAGGAGUUUAACUGCUUGGCUGCUCAGCUGGAGCAGGACCUGCAGGAGUUUAGCAGUCAGCUGCAGGAGUGGAGAGACAGACUCUCUCAGACCGAGGGGAAAAACAGUGGGGAGGAGGCUGUGCAGGGCUGGCAGAUUGCAAAAGACACUCUGGAUGGCCUGGUUAAAGUGGAGCCCAUGUCAGACAGUCUGAAGUCCCAGCUCAAUGACCUAUGGCGGUUCUCCAGGGACCUGGGCACUCAGUCAGAGAGAGUGUCCUCCCUCAUCAAGGAGUACAACAGUCUGAGCCUGCAGGCCUCCAGAGAAUGCCAGAGCAAAGAGAAGCUUCUGGAGCAGCGGUUUCGUGCCACUUUCCGAGAGUUCCAGCAGUGGCUGGUUAACGCCAAGAUCAUCACAGCCAAGUGCUUUGACGUGCCUCAGAACCUCGGCGAGGCUUCCUCCAGCCUGCAGAAGAUACAGGAGUUCCUGAGUGACAGGGAACAGGGCCACUCCAAGCUGAAUGCUGUGGUGCUAAGUGGUGAGCUGGUGGUCAGUAUUGCUGCCAAAGACCGAGUGGACGCUGUCCGGGCCAAGAUUAGCAGUGCCAGAGAGGACUGGAAGACUCUGAUGUCCAACCUGCACCAGAGGGAGACUGCAUUACAGAACCUCCAGUCUCAGAUGAAGGACUUUGAGGCGAGUGCGGAGCCCCUUCAGGAGUGGCUGCACGGGACAGAGGUUGCUGUACAGGAGAGCAGCACACGACUCCACGACCUCACAGCUAAAAAGCAGGAGUUGCACAAGCUGCAGUCUGUGCUCGAGGAGUUAGCCUCUCAAGAGGUUCAGCUGAUCAGGCUCAAAGAGAAGGCCCAGCUACUGUGGGACGGACACGCGGCUGGAAAGGGCUUUGUCCACCGUGUCUCACAGCUCUCUGCACAGUACCUAGCUCUAACCAACCUGACCAAGGAGAAGGCUUCCCGUAUCGACCGGAUUGUCACCGAGCACCAGCUGUUCUCCCAGGGGCUGAAGGAGCUGCAGAACUGGGUGGCCGACACCAGCCACAUGCUGCAGACCUACUGCACCCCCACAGCAGACAAGAACGUCCUGGACAGCAGGGUGAUCAAGCUGGAGGCUUUGCUGACAGCACGUCAGGAGAAGGAGAUCCAGCUGAAGAUGCUGGUCACCAGGGGAGAGUCUGUCCAGAGGAACACCUCAGUAGAGGGAGUACCAGUAGUCCGCAAGCACAUCCAGGACCUCAAAGACUCCUGGGAUGCCCUGCUUUCCGCCUCCAUCCAUUGCAAAAGUCAGUUGGAGGGAGCUCUUUCCCAGUGGACUAGCUACCAGGAGGACGUGCUUCAGUUUGUGGGCUGGGUGGAGCAUGUUGAGGAGAGCCUGGACCCAACAGACAAACAGUUCUCCGAGAUGAGAGACAAAACUGCCAACCUGGGUAAAGCCAAGCUUCUCUAUGAGGAGGUGCUGAGCCACAGCAGUCUGCUGGACACCAUCACUAUGAAGGGAGCCAACAUGGCCGAACAUUACGUCACACAGCUAGAGCUCCAGGACCUGCAGGAACGAUACAACAACGUCAAGGACAACGCCAAGAGUACGAUGGGGAAAGCAGAGGAGCUUGUGCAGGCCCACCAGGAGUACCAGAGAGGCCUGCAUGUGUUUGAGGUGUGGCUGGAGCAGGAGCAGGAGAAGCUGGGCUGCUACACACAGCUAGAGGGGGAUGUGGAAACCCUGGAGGAGACGCUUCAGAAACUACAGGAGCUACAAGUCCAGUGCACGGAGGGCCAGGCCCUGCUCAACACCCUGCUAGACAGUAGAGACCAGGUUGUGCCAUGGGGUGUCCCUCAGAUCGAGGACCGGGUCCUGGAGACUGUGCAGCAAGACUGGCGGUUGUACCAGGGGAGGCUGGGAGACACCAGGGGCCAGCUCAACAGUGCCCUGGCCAAGCUCCGCCAGAUGGAGCAGAAGUUUCAGCGUCUGGACAGCUGGCUGAAGAGCAUGGAGAGCAAAGGUCAACUACGAAGCCAUCGAAGGUCAGACCGCGCCACCAAGAACGCUCAGCUGCAACUAAUUAAGGGUUGGCAGGAGGAGGUGCUGGUGUACCAGGAGGAGGUGGAGGGUCUGAGUGUUCUAGCCCAGCAAGUGUUGGACGAGACCCACAUCAGCAGCCGGGUCAGCACCAGAGCUACCCAGCUCACCGCCCGCUACCACGCCCUGCUACUGCACCUACUGGAGAGCAUCAAGCAGCUGCAGGAGGAGGUGUAUUGCAUAGAGGAGGCCCAGAGUGUGUUCAGUACCUUCUCUGAUUGGCUGAGCUCUGCCAAGAACAACUUCAGCACUGUGGCCAUCAGCAUCGACGUAGUGGACCGUGUUACCAUGGAGAGGAAGAAGAAGAAACUGGAGGCUCUGCAGGGUGACAUGGAGCAGGGUCACAGCUUCCUGAGGACGAUGCGUGAGAAGACGGAGCGUGCCAUGGCCUUCCUGGAGGAACCAGAUGCAGACCAGCUGAGGGAGGAGGUGGACACCCAUCUCUCCCAGCUAGAGGGCCUGAUGGUUGGGCUACGCACUGAACACAGCUCCCUGGAGAAGUGCAUCUCCCUUUCCAAAGACUUCCUGGACAAGUACAAGGCCCAGGCUCAGUGGCUCACAGAGACGAAGGCUCUGCUAGGGAUGCCUGUUGAACCCAAAGCUGAGCUCUAUCAGAAGAAGGCCCAGUUAGCCAAAUACAAGACGAUCCAGCAGACAGUGCAGUCUCACGAGUCAGCGGUGAGGUCUGUGGUUGAGAAAGGAGAGGCUCUGCUGGAUUCUGUCCGCGACCCUGCCAUCAGGGACAACAUGAGCAGACUACAGACAGACUACCAGGACCUCUGCACUGCAGCCAAGGUCCAGGUCCAGAGUCUAAUGGAGUGGGUGAAGGAGCAUGAGGGCUACAGCAGUGAGCUUCAGGAGGUGGAGAAGUGGCUCCUUCAGAUGUCCAGUAGGCUGGUCACCUCAGACUCCAUGCAGACCUGCAGCAUGGAGACGGCAACACAGCAACUGGCUCGGCACAAGGCAAUCAUGGAGGAGAUAGCUAGCUUCGAGGAGCGCCUGACCAGUCUGAAGGAGAAGGGAGAUGACCUGAUGUCCAACUGUACUACUGACCAGGUGCAGGCUAAGAUCAGCCAGCAGGUCCAGGCUCACCAGCAGGGCACCAGAGACAGUUACUCAGCCAUCUGCAGCACUGCACAGCGUGUGUACCAAAGUCUUGACAGGGAGCUGCAGAAACAUGUCAGUCACCAGGACACUUUGCAGCAGUGCCAGACCUGGCUCUCCACUGUCCAUGAGGAGCUCCGGCUGCAUUGUCAUCCUCCCUCUGGCCUGCAGGAGGCCCUCAAACAGGUGAAGCACUACAGGGCUCUACAGGAGCAAGCCAGUACGUACCUGGACCUGGUGUGUUCUGUGUGUGACCUAUCUGAUGAUGCUGUGAGAGUCACUGUUGCUGAGGUCCAGCGGGUCAAACACACGAUCGAGGAGAGGAUGUCUAGCUCCCAGGAGCUGUCGGAGGGCUGGAAGGAGAUAAAGGAGCAGAAGCAGGAGCUGUCUGGUCUGUUCCAGGACAUGGAGCAGCAGCUCCUCAGUCUCUCCAGAAGACCAGCCGAGCUCGAGACCAAGAUCGCCCACAACAUGCUCACCCAGGCCAAGGAGUUUAGCAAUCAGCUGCAGAGUAAACAAGCCACCCUAACCAGGAUGACAGAGAGUGUGAAUCGUCUGACUGAGGGCCAAGCCAGCCCGGAGCAUGGGGAAGUAGGGCGUCUGAGCCACUCCUGGCUGGAGCUGUGUCACCAGGCUAACAGGCUGCAGGAACAGAGGCAGGAGGACCUGCAGAGGACCCAGGAGUACCACGACUGCAUCACAGCCAUGGAGGCACUGUUUGAGCAAGUGUCCAAGGAGUGGGACAACCUGGCCAGGACUGAUGCUGAAAGUUCAUCUGAGCACUUGGAGGCGUUGAAAAAACUUUCCGUGGCUCUCAGAGACCAGAAGGGAACUCUGGAGGACCUGAAGGACCAGAGGCAGAAAGUCAUCUACCAUCUGAAUCUUGACGAUAAAGAGCUGGUCAAAGAGCAAAUCGGCCACUUCGAGCAGCGCUGGGCCCAGCUACAGAGCCUCAUCGACAGGAAGAUCCAGGACUCGGUGCUGACCCUGGAGGACAUGGCCCAGGUGGAGGCCCGUCUGAGGGAGGCCCGGGAGUGGGCCGAGGAGCAGCAGCCUGCCCUGUCUGAAGCCAUGAAGAUGAGUCCUCCUCCAGAGUUGUCCCAAAGCUUCCUGUUUGACCACCUCAGCAUCUGCAGUGAACUGGAGGCUAAGCAGCUGCUUCUGGCCCAGGCCAUGAGCGACGCUGGCCGCGUCCUGGCUCACCUGGGGCUCAACGAGCGCCAGCGCCUGCAGCAGCUCAUCUCAGACACACAGGCUGAGGUGGAGUCACUCAGUGUGAAGGUGGCCCAGAGGAGGAAGCACCUCAGCAAGGCCUUCACAGAGAGAACACAGUUCCUGCAGGCUGUCAACCAGUCCAUCACCUGGGUCCAGCAGAAUGAGAAGAAGGCCCAGGCAGAGGAGUACAUCGCCCUGCUACCUGACGACCUGGCCAAGCAGGUGCGAACCUGCAGGAACAUCCAGAGCAGCCUAAAGGCCUACCAGAGCGAGCUGACCUCCCUGUGGUCCCAAGGCAGAGACCUGAUGAGGGACGCCACCGAGGACGAGAAGGUUGAGAUGCUCACCAGGCUGCAGGAGCUGCAGAACAUCUUUGAGAAGGCCCUACAGAAGUGUGGCCAGAGGCUGCAGGAGCUGGAAAAGGUGCUUGUCUCCAGAAAGUACUUCAAGGCAGACCUGGAGAAGACAUGUCAGUGGUUGAAACAGGCAGACAUUGUGACCUUCCCUGAGAUUAACCUCAUGAAUGGUGACUUGGAGCUGAGCGUGCAGCUGUUGAAGUACCAGCAGAUAGUAGAGCAGGCAAUGGAAUAUGAAAACCUCCUACUGAUUGUCCAGAGAGCUGGUCAGGAGAUCCUGCCCACUCUGAAUGAAGUGGACCACUGUUACUUGGAUGAGAAACUCAAUGCUCUCCCACAGCAAUACAAUAGCAUACUAGCUCUAGCCAAAGAGAAACAGGAGAAGAUUGAACAGGCCAUUCUAUCCAGAAAGGAGUAUGCCUCCUUCAUAGAUGUAACACAUAAUGCGUUGAAGGAGCUUGAGGAGCAGUUCCAUAACUUGGGGACUCAGCCUGUCGGUCUACAGACAGAGGAGGUUGUCAGUUUACAGAACGAUUACAAAGCUCUUCAGGUUGAUAUGAGCAACCUUGGUCUGGCUGUCAGUGAACUAAACCAGAAGAAAGAAGGAUUCCGAAGCACCGGUCAACCCUGGCGGCCUGAAGAGAUGACCCAGCUGGUGAGCCUCUACAAUGGGCUCAAGAGGCUCAUCGAACAGCGGGUGGAGCACCUCGACGACACGCUGGAGUCCUUUGAGGACCACAAGGCCAUGGCUAUGCAGGUAGACUCAGAGCUGAAGGCUACCAAAGAACAGCUGGUCAAGGUCAACGCAGAGACUCAGUCGGCGGAGGAGAGGCUGAAGAACUACCACGCCCUGGCCGGGAGUCUCCAGAGCGCCAGCUCUCAUCUUUCCAGACUCAUGGAGCAGAUGGACAACCUGGCUCCUCAGCUGGACCAGGCUUCCCACGAGGCCUCCAGAGAACAGGUGGUCUUGUGGCAGGAGGAGCUGCAGUCCCUGCAGUCUGCCGUAGGGGAGCUGAUAGUGGAGUGUGAGAAUAGGUUUGUCCAGAGUAAAGACUUUGAGACGGAGGUGAAGCGGACCCUGGACUGGCUGCAGCAAAUCAGGGAUGAGCUGGACUGUGCUGUGGUGGUGGACGUGAGGGUAGAGAAGGUCCAGGAGGAGAUCAGGAAGCAGCAGAUUAUGCAGGAAGAGGUCCAGUCCAGGCUGAGGAUCGUGGCUGCCCUGAGCAGCAGGGAGAAACAGAAGUACACCAGCGCCAAUGAGCUGGUCCCAGCCCACGUUGACUUGAGCCUGGAGGAGAUGGCCAAACUACAGGCUGAUGUCCAACAGGCUCUGAGCUCCAAACAGAUCACCCUGGAGCAGGCUUUAGCGUUGUGUCAGAAGUACCACUUCCGGAUGCAGUCAGCAUGUGAGUGGCUGGAGGACGCAGUGGCCUUCCUACAGCUAGCCAGCCUGGGGGUGGACGUAGAGAACUAUGAGGAAUGUCUACGCCAGCAGGAGGAUAUCAUGGCCUCGGAGCAGGAGUUCUUGGGCCACCUGCAGGAGUUGGAGGCUCUGCCCCCACAGCUGGAGAACCUGGUUAACCCUACAGCCAAGGAGCAGCUUAGGCUGAGUGUGGAGUCUGCUCAGCAGAGAGGAGUGGAGGUCCGAGAUCAGCUGCAGUGUCAUCAGGACGUCCUGAUCAGCUGUGUUGCCCAGUGGAAGUCCUACCAGGAGACGAGGCAGACAGUGAUUGAACUGAUGAACGAGGCAGAGAAGAAGCUGACUGAGUUCUCCACCGCCAAGGCUGCCACCUUUCUGGAGGCAGAGGAGAAGCUCAGGAGUCAUAGGUCCCUGGUGUCGAUGGUGAAUGGGUUCCAGGAGAAGCUGACCGGGCUGGAGGAGCAGGCAUCCCAGCUGGAGCUGGUGGGUAGUGACGCCAGCAAGGCCACCAUCAGCCGCUCCAUGACCACGGUGUGGCAGCGCUGGACCCGGUUACGCAGCGUAGCACGAGGGCAGGAGAGGGUCCUAGAGGACACGGCCCAGGAGUGGAGGACCUUCAGAGAGAAGAUGGUGAAGCUGAGGAACGUGGUGGACGAGCUUCAGAGCCGUGUGAUAGACUGUGCUGUGGAGAAGGCCUCCAAGGCUACCUUACAGUCUGUGUUGGACCAGCAUGAGCUGCUGAUCCAGGACAUAGAGAGGGAGCUGUCCUCCCUCACCCUGCUGCGUCAGUACGCCCUCAGCCUGCUCCAUGACGUAGAGGUCCCCUCACCAUCCCCCACCUCCGAACAGGAUGAACUGCCCAGUCUCAAGGAGAUCAGAGCUGUUCAAGACCGCAUGGAAAGUCUGCUGCAACAGGCGCGUACCAAGCGUAGCCAGGCUGGGAUGGAGCUGAGGGAUAGAGAGGAGGUGGAGAAGAACCUGAGUGUGGUCAAAGCCUGGAUCCAGGAGACCAGGGAGCUGCUUCUCAACCCUACCCCAGAUAUAGAUGCUCUGCUGCAGGAGCUGGAGGUGGUGCACAGUGAUGUGAUCGGGUACCGUCAGCAUUUGGAUAAGAUAGCAGAGCAGCAGCAGAGCAAGUAUCUGGACCUGUACACCAUCCUGCCCUCAGAGAUCUCCAUGCAGCUGGCUGAGGUGUCCCUCGCACUGGGGGCCAUUGAGGACCAGGUUCUAUCCAAAGAGAGAGAGAUUCAGAAGACGAGAGACAUCAAGGAGGACUUCAGUUCCAGGAUCCAUGACGUGUCGGAGAAGAUGAAAGCCAUCUCCACCAGACUCAAAGACAAAGCCAGUGAUGUCGAACACGCUAAAGACGAGACCAAGUGUCUUUGUGAUGACCUGGAGAGCUGUCGUCGGACUCUCUCAGAGCUGGAUGCUGCGGUCCAGGAGUUCGGCAGACGGAACCCCAUCUUGGCCAAACAGCUGAGCGAUUCCAUAGUCAAGUUAGGAGACAUCCACCACCACACUGCCCGACUGGCUGAGUGUAGAACCAUCUGGCUCAAAAAGUCCGAUGCCCAUCUAGAGGAGUACAGUGAGAUGCUGGACUUCAUAGUGAGGUGGUCGGAGAAAGCCAAGGGCCUGGUGAGGGCCAACAUCAUCUGGAACUCUUCCCCUCAUCUGCAGGAGCAAAUAAAGAUGUACCAGUCUGUGCUGCGUGAGUCCCGGGAGCUCCAUGGGGACCUGCAGGCCAUGGGAGAGAAGGUGGAUCUGCUGUCUGAGGUGCUGCAGACGGAGAACAUGUCCCAGCAGGUGUGUGAGCUCAGCCGCCACACCGAGGAGCUCCAGCAGACCAUCAGGACACGACUGCAGAGCCUACAGGACGCAGCCAAGAGUAUGGAGCGUCUGGAGUACGAGGUGAAGACCCUACAUGUUGCUCUGGAACAGGUCCAAGCUACACUGACCUCCCCUGAGCUGGCCCGACAGAGUCUCAAGGAACAACUGGCCCAGAGACAGCGUCUUCUGUCGGAGAUGGAGGGCUUCAAGCAGCAGGUGCAGGCGGUGCAGCUGUGUCAGAGCGCCCUGCGCGUCCCAGAGGAGGUGAUGCCUGGCCUGGCUAUCUGUCGCACGGCACUGGGCCUACAGCAGGAGGCCAGCCAGCUGCAGCAUGUCGCAAUACAGCAGUGCAACAUUCUACAGGAGGCUGUUGUGCAGUAUGAGCAGUAUGAGCAGGAGGUGAGGCACCUCCAGGGGCUGAUAGAGGACGCCCACAGAGUCAUCCAGGACCGACCCAUUCCCACCAGCAACAUCCAGGAGCUGCAGGCUCAGAUCCUACACCAUGAGGACCUGGCCCAGAAGAUCAAAGGUUACCAGGAGCAGAUAGCCAGCCUGAACUCUAAGUGUAAGAUGCUUGCUGUGAAGGCCAAGCACGCCACCAUGCUGCUCACUGUAAGUGACACGGAGGCGGCGGGGCUUACUGAGGAGGACCUGGAUGGAGACACACACAAACCCUCUGUAGUCAUGAUGACAGCUGGCCGCUGUCACACCCUCCUGUCCCCUGUCACGGAGGAGUCUGGGGAGGAGGGCACCAACAGUGAGAUCUCCUCUCCUCCUGUCUGUCGCUCCCCCUCUCCCAUCACUCACUCCCAGAUGGGACUGGGACGAGCCACCCUCACCAGAGCCCCCAUACAGGAGCUAUAUGACCCGACAUUUGAAUCUGUGGCCAACUUCGAUGACCUGCAACGCUCCUGGGAGACCUUGAAGAAUGUGAUCAGUGAGAAGCAGAGGACUCUGUACGAAGCGUUGGAGAAGCAGCAGCGCUACCAGGGUUCUCUCCAGUCUAUCUCCUCUAAGAUGGAGUCCUUAGAGGCCAAACUCAACGAGCCACUGGAGGCUGACAGGAGCACAGACAGUCAUAUGGAAGCCCAUAAGGCCAUGGGUGAGGAGAUCCAGAGUCUGCAGGAGGAUAUAGACAAGCUGCAGACCAGCUUCUCAGAGGAGCUGGGUACUGAUGCUGUGGACUCGGACACGGCCGACCAGCUAGCCAUGCAGUCCACCCUCACUGUCCUGGCUGAGAGGAUGGCCACCAUACAUAUGAAGGCCACAGGGAAACGACAGCUUCUGGAGGAGCGUGCGACUGACCAUCUAGAGGAGCAGCGUCAAGAGCAGGCCUUACAACACUACCUCGACCAGGCUGACCAGAUGGACCACUGGCUGCUCAGCACCCGCUCUGCACUUACAACCUUCCUCCAGCCCAGCGUUAAGGAGGAUGAGGAGGACAUGGAGGAGCAGCUCAUAGACUGCCAGAACAUGCUGCAGGAGAUUGAGCAGAAGGUGGUGGCCCUGUCGGAGCUGACCAUGCGGAGCGAGAGUCUGUUGCUGGAGGGGAGGCAGGAGACGCGGAUGGACAUGAGGGAGGACGCUGAGCAGCUGGCCAGGAAGCUGCGGACGCUGAAGGGAAGUCUGCUGGAGCUGCAGAAGAUGCUGCAGGACAAACACAUCAACAUCCAGGCCACUCUAGCAUGGGAAGCUUUUCAGGAGCUGAAAGGCCCAUUGAGGAAGCAUGUACAUAGCUUACUGCAGGACCAGGAGGACAAUGAGUCUGACUCCAGCCUGUCUCCGGGGCCCAGUGUACAGGACUGGCUGGCCCAGGCCCAUACCACACGCUCACAACAUCACCAGGACAGCCUCCAGAGACAGAGGGAGCUGGAGGAGCAGUUAGCAGAGCAGAAGAAGCUGCUCCAGUCAGUAGCCAGUAGAGGAGAGGAGAUCCUGAUCCAGCAGGCCUCACCCAGCAGUGUCAAUAUGACAGAGCCCUUCUCUCCGGAGCUCCUGCAGGAGAGAGAGACCCGGGCUGCCCAGCAGCAGAUGAGACAGAGGUGGGAGAGCCUGAGGAAAGAGCUCAGUACCAAACUCCAGCUCCUACAGAAAACCCUGGAGCAAGACAACAAGCAACCGGUUUACUCCAGAACGGCCAGAGUGACAACCGCUGGGACCCUGUUUAAAGGAGAGACAGAUAAAACAGAGGACAAGUCUUCACUGAAGACCUUAUAUGAUGGUUUCAGCCAGACAAUGGAGGAGAUGUCUUCUCAGACUGGGGCCUCUGAGGGCCAGGUGAUGCCAAUGGAGCAGCAGCUCUACCAGGCCGUGUUAGCUACCUCCUCCUGGCUGGAUGAUGUAGAGAACACCCUCUUCUCUGGUGCUGUGCUGCUGGCCGAGAACGCUGAGACACAGCUACAAAACAAUGAGGCCUUAGGGAAGGAUGUCAGUGAGGUGAAUGGGGAGGUAAGACACAGUCGGGGUCUCCUGGGCCAACCUACAGGGCUGUGUAGGGAGGACCAGGCCCUGCUAGAGGACACACUGGACUGUCUGACAGAGAGGCUAGGGACUAUGGACUCUGCCCUGGGGCGACGCUGUGAACACAUGAGGACCAGGAUGGAGGAACUCACUGCCUACCAGACGGAGUCACAGCUUCUCCUCACUGAUCUAACUGACACCAAGUGCCAGAUUCUUCAGACGUUGGCGGGAGCCAUGGACAGACCAGCCUCCAAACAACUUGAGGUCAUUGCUGAGGCUGAGGAGAGUUUGAGAGAGUUUGAGCGGAGGAUCACCCAGCUCAAAACCAGAGGAGCAGAGCUACAGGCAGACCAGAUCUCCACCAACGAACUGCUAACGCUACAGGAUACCUACGAGGAGCUGGUGAUGACGGUGGGGUCACGGCGUAGUGGACUGAACCAGAACAUGGCUCUGAAAGGCCAGUAUGAGAGGGCUCUACAGGAUCUGGCUGACCUGGUGGACACCGCUCAGGACAAGAUGGCUGCCGACCAGAGGAUUAUCGCCAGCUCUGUGGAGGAAGUACAGAUCCUCCUGGACAAACACAAGGAGUUCUUCCAGGGUCUGGAGUCCCAUAUGAUGCUGACAGAGACAUUCUUCAGGAAGAUCAGUGGCCUGGUGGUUCCCAGGGAGAACCAGACUCUGGAGGAGACUCUGGCCCAGGCCCAGGGAGUCCUCAAACAGGCCCACAGGAGAGGAGUGGAACUGGAGUACAUACUGGAGACUUGGAGCCAUCUGGUGCAGGACUACCAGGCUCUGUGUAGACAGCUGGAGGCAGUGGAGGGUAGCAUCCCCACAGUGGGCCUAGUGGAGGAGACCGAGGAGAAGCUCACUGAGAGGAGCUUACUGUGUCAGAGUCUGAUGGAUAGACUGACGGAGCACCAGCACAAGCUGUACCAGGUCCUGGAGGAGGGGAAGAGGUUGCUGCUGUCUGUGUGCUCUCCUGGCCUGGAGAACCAGCUCACAAUGCUGGGGGAACACUGGCUAAGCAACGCUACCAAGGUCAACAAGGAGCUGCAGAGACUAGAGGCCAUUCUCAAACACUGGACCAGGUACCAGAAGGAGUUUGCAGAGCUGAAUGGCUGGCAGCAGUCUGCUCUAGAACGUCUGGAAUUCUGGAACACACAGGCAGACUUAGUUCCACAGGAGAUGGAGACCGUCAGGAAUCAUCUCUCUGCCUUCCUGGAGUUCUGUAAAGAGGUGGAGACUCAUUCAUCUCUGAAGUGCUCUGUGAUGACAGAGGGCAAUCAGCUCAUGAGGCUGAAGAGGGUUGACACCGCAGCCCUGCGUUCUGACUUGGCCCGCGUGGACUCACAGUGGACCCAACUACUCACACGCAUCCCAAUGGUGCAAGAGAAGCUACACCAGCUUCAAAUGGAGAAGCUGGCCUCUCGCCACGCCAUCUCUGAGCUGGUCAACUGGAUGUCUCUGAUGGAGAUUGUGAUCAAGGAGGACGAGGAGAACCUGAAGGGAGCAGUGGGGUCGACUGUCAUCCAGGACUAUUUACAGAAGUAUAAGGGCUUCAGAAUAGAUGUGAUCUGUAAGCAGCUGACGGUGGACUUUGUGAACCAGUCUGUGCUCCAGAUCAGUGGUCAGGAUGUGGAAAGCAAGCGCAGCGACAAGACAGACUUUGCAGAGAGGCUUGGAGUCAUGAACCGACGCUGGCAGCUACUACAGGGACUCAUCAUGGAGAGGGUCCAGUUCCUGGAGACUCUGCUGGAGGACUGGUUGGACUAUGAGAACAACAUACAGGGCCUGAAGACCUGGCUGCUCACUCAGGAGGAGAGGCUGAAGAGGAAACACAGGAUAGAGGACCUAACCUCCGUACAGAAUGCCCUCAAAGACUGUCAGGAGAUGGAGGAGGUGGUGAAGGAGAAGGAGGGUGAGGUGGAGCGCGUGGAGGAGCAGGCCUGUGCCCUUAUCCAGAACAAAACAGACGAGGCCUGUGCUGUCGUCAUGGAGACGCUCCAAGCUGUCAAUCACACCUGGGCUAACCUAGAUCAUCUUAUUGGGCAGUUGAAGAUCAGCCUUGUGUCAGUGCUGGACCAGUGGAGUCUGUACAAGCUGUCUUCAGAGGAGAUGAACGGCUACCUUAUGGAGGGGAGGUACUCUGUGUCUCGCUUGCGCCUCCUCACCGGCUCCCUGGAGGCUGUACAGCUACAGGUGGAGAGUCUACAGAACCUACAGAAGGAGCUGGAGAAGCAGGAGAGCAGUCUGAGGAAGUUUGGCUCUGUGACACACCAGCUGCUGAAGGAGUGCCACCCGUCUGUGUCUGACUGCCUAAACAAUACCCUGAAGGACGUCAACGCUAGGUGGAGCAGUCUGCUGGAGGAGAUCUCUGAGCGUCUGAGGAGCAGUAAAGCCCUGUUACAGCUGUGGCAGCACUACAAAGAGCUGUAUGAACAGAGCUGCUCCAGCGUCCAGCUGCAGGAGGAGCAGGCUGGCCAGCUAUUGGAGACCGCCUGCAGCAAGGACAUUGCAGACGAGGAGGUGUCCACCUGGAUUCAAGACUGCAGUGAGUUGCUGCGGGCUCAGGUUCCAGUGCAGGCAUCUCUACAGGUUCUCCAGGAGCUGGGAGAUCAGCUGAAGCAACAGGUGGACACCUCUGCAGCGUCUGCCGUCCAGUCAGACCACCUCUCUCUAACCCAGCGCCUGGCCGCCGUGGAGCAGGCCCUCAGCAGGCAGCUCAUUACACUACAGAUGGGAGUCCAGGACUAUGAGACCUUCAGUGAGCAGCUGGAUUCGUUGGGGCGCUGGAUGGUGGAGGCCGAGGAGGCUCUGAAGGUCCAAGAUCCCAACGGUUCUUCUGACCUGUCCAUCAUCCAGGACCGCAUGGAGGAACUCAAGAGAAAGAUUCUGAGAUUCAGUAGCAUGGCCCCUGACCUGGAACGUCUGAAUGAGCUGGGCUAUCGGCUUCCUCUUAACGACACCGAGAUCAAACGCAUGCAGAACCUUAACCGGAGCUGGUCCUCAGCCAAUGCCCAAACCACCGAGAGAUUCAGUAAACUGCAGUCGUUCCUGCUGCAGCAGCAGACGUUCCUGGAGAAGUGUGAGACGUGGAUGGAGUUCCUGGUACAGACGGAGGAGAAGCUAGCCGUGGGGAUCUCUGGGAACUACCAGAGUCUGAUGGAGCAACAGAGAGCACAUGAGCUAUUCCAAGCUGAGAUGUUCAGUCGUCAGCAGAUCCUUCACUCCAUAAUCAGUGAUGGCCAGAGGAUGCUGGAGCAGGGACAGGUGGAUGACAGGGAUGAAUUCAACCUGAAGUUGGCACUGCUGAGUAACCAGUGGCAGGGUGUGGUGCGUCGCACCCAACAGAGGCGGGGUAUCAUCGACAGCCUAGUCCGCCAGUGGCAGCGCUACAGGGAGAUGGCAGAGAAGCUGAGGAAAUGGCUGGUGGAGGUUUCUCACCCUUCCGAGGCCCUACAGGUUGGGGCGCCUGUACCCCUGCAGCAGGCCAGAUCCAUGCUGGACGCAGUUCAGCUGAAAGAGAAGGUCCUACAGCGGCAGCAGGGCAGCUACAUCCUGACUGUGGAGGCUGGGAAGCAGCUUCUCCUGUCUGCAGACAGCAGGGUGGAGGUGUCUCUGCAGGGAGAGCUCACAGGCAUCCAGGACCGCUGGAGACAUGCCAACAUCUGCCUGGAAGAACAGAGGAGAGAGCUGGCCAACCUGAUAAAGGACUGGGAGAGAUGUGAGAGAGGCAUAGAGGGUUCUCUGGAGAAGCUGAGAGCGUUUAAACGGCAGCUCUCUCAGCCCCUCCCUGAUCACCACGAGGACCUGCAGGCUGAACAGAUGCGCUGCAAGGACUUGGAGAACACGUUUGACGGCUGGACAGAAGACCUAGCCCACCUGACGGUGCUGAGGGAGUCCCUGUCUAGCUACAUAAGUGCUGAGGACCUGUCUGUUCUACAGGAACGUAUAGAGCUGCUGCACCGCCAGUGGGAGGAGAUCUGUCACCAGCUAUCCCUUCGGCAGAAGCAGGUGAGUGAGAAGCUGAAUGAGUGGGCCGUGUUUAACGAGAAGAACAAGGAGCUGUGUGACUGGCUUACCGACAUGGAGAGCAAGGUGUCCCAGAAUGGAGACAUCAGCAUCGAGGAGAUGAUCGAGAAGCUACGCAAGGACUACCAGGAGGAGAUAGCGUUGGCUAAGGAGAACAAGCUGCAGCUGCACAAGAUGGGUGAGCGCCUGGCCAGGGCCAGCCACGAGACCAAGGCCUCUGAGAUAGAACACAAACUCAGCAAGGUGGGCGAGCGCUGGCAACACCUGCUGGACCUCCUCGGAGCCAGAGUGAAGAAGCUGAGGGAGACUCUGGUGGCAGUGCAGCAGCUGGAUAAGAACAUGAGUACUCUGCGGUCCUGGCUGGCCCACAUAGAGACUGAGCUAUCCAGACCCAUCGUCUAUGACACCUGUGAUUCCCAGGAGAUACAGAGGAAGCUGGACCUGCAGCAGGAGCUUCAGCGUGACAUAGAGAAGCACAGUACAGGUGUGGCGUCUGUGUUGAACCUGUGUGAGGUGCUGUUGCACGACUGUGACGCUUGUGCCACGGACACAGAGUGUGAAUCUAUCCAGCAGGCCACUCGCAGCCUGGACCGCCGAUGGAGGAGCAUCUGUGCCUUGUCCAUGGAGAGAAGGCUCAAGAUUGAAGAGACAUGGCGUUUAUGGCAGAAGUUCUUAGAGGACUUUGCACGUUUUGAGGAGUGGCUUGUGACCUCAGAGAAGACUGCUGCUCUGCCCAACUCUUCAGGCGUGCUCUACACUGUGGCCAAGGAAGAACUAAAGAAGUUUGAGGCAUUCCAACGUCAGGUCCAUGAGAGUCUGACCCAGCUGGAGCUGAUCAAUAAGCAGUACCGCCGUCUGGCCAGGGAGAACCGCACCGACUCCUCCUGUCGCCUCCGGGAGAUGGCCCACGACGGGAACCAGCGCUGGGACAACCUGCAGAAGAGGGUGGCCUCCAUCCUCCGCAGGCUCAAGCACUUUAUCAGUCAGCGUGAGGAGUUUGAGACAGCCAGAGACAGCAUCCUGGUGUGGCUCACGGAGAUGGACCUGCAGCUCACCAACAUAGAGCACUUCUCAGAGUGUGACAUCCAGGCCAAGAUCAAACAGCUCAGGGCGUUCCAGCAGGAGAUCUCUCUGACCACUGGGAAGAUUGAGCACAUCUUCCACCAGGGUGAGGUGCUGCUAGAGAAGAGUGAGCCUCUGGAUGCAGCUGUUAUAGAGGAGGAGCUGGAAGAGCUGCAGAGAUACUGCCAGGAGGUGUUCGGACGUGUGGAGCGCUAUUACAAGAAGCUCAUACGUCUACCGCUAACAGGUGACGAGUAUGACGUGUCAUUCUCGGACCGGGAGUUUGAACUAGACGAACCUGGGGACCUGUCCAGCAUUCCCUGGAGUGAGCGUCUGGGAGAUUGCCUGAUGUCCCCUCUACCCUCCCUAAGCCACUCUGCUUCCCUGGCUGCCCCUCUGCGGACUGGGGCUGAGCGCUCAGGCAGGGACACCCCAGCCAGUGUGGACUCCAUCCCCCUGGAGUGGGACCACGAUUACGACCUGAGCCGGGGGCUGGAGAGUGCCAGCAGGGCCCUGGGCCUGGCCUCUGAGCAGGGGGAGCACGGAGAUGAGGGGAGCUACCAGGGAUCAGCUUCUGCCUCUGCUCUGUCAGAUGUAGUGAUCCCAGAGAGCCCUGAGGCCUUUGUUAAACUAACUGAACAAACCCUGAGGUCCUUGGAUGGAGAGGGAGGUACCCUGGAGACUCACAUCCUACAGUUGGACAAGGUUCUGGACACCAGCCGGUUCCACCUGCAACAGACAGAGAACAUAAUCCGCAGCCGCACCCCAACUGGCCCCGAGCUGGACGCUUCAUACAUGGGAUAUAUGCGUCUGUUGGGCGAGUGUCGUGGCAGUAUAGACACGGUGAAGAGAGUGGGCUACGAGCUGAAGGGGGAGGAGGACAAGGCCUCAGGACUCGCUGACCCCAUUGGUGGUGAUUCACAAACAACAGGUGUGAUAGAACGUUGGGAGUUGCUGCAGGCCCAGGCCCUCAGUAAAGAGAUGCGUCUGAAGCAGAACCUUCAGCAGUGGCAGCAGUUCAACUCUGACCUCAAUGCCGUGUGGGUGUGGCUGGACCAGGCGGCGGCGGAGCUAGAGCAGCAGCAGAGCCUGGACCUCAGCACCGACAUCCAGACCAUCGAGAUGCGCAUCAAGAAACUCAAGGAGCUGCAGAAGGCUGUUGACAAGCGUAAGGCCAUUGUGCUAUCCAUUAACCUGUGCAGUGCAGAGUUUGUCCAGUCUGCCACAGAGGAAUGCCAGGACCUGCAGGCCAGGUUGAAAGAGAUGAACAACCGCUGGGACAGACUUGGCACCUCUCUGGGGGAGUGGAGGGCAGCACUACAGAAUGCCCUCAUGCAGUGUCACGACUUCCAUGAGAUGAGUCACGGCCUGCUACUGUGGCUGGAGAACAUUGACCGCAGGAGGAACGAGAUCGUUCCCAUUGACCCCAUCCAGGACAGCGACACCCUCCACGAUCACCACAAAACACUCAUGCAAAUCCGUGGUGAGUUGCUGGACUCCCAGAGGAAAGUGUCGUCCCUGCAGGACAUGUCCCUGCAGCUGCUGGUCAACAGCGAGGGCAGCGACUGUCUGGAGGCCAAAGAGAAGGUGCACGUCAUUGGGAACCGCCUCAAACUGCUCUUCAAGGAGGUGACCAGAGACCUCAGAGAGCUGGAAAAGAUUCUGAACAUCACCAGCAGCCAACAGGAUUUGUCUUCAUGGUCGUCGGCUGAUGAGCUGGACACCACCUCUGGUUCCAUCAGCCCGGUGUCGGGCAGGAGCACGCCAAGUCGUCGUCGAUCGCAACGGGGCAAAUGUAGUCUGUCACAGCAGACCUCUGGACCCUCUGUGAGCAGUCCACACAGACCACACAGGUCUCCCAACGUCGCUGGGUCCGCUUCCUCCCCUUCUGAGGCCGAGGUGAUACCAUCGUCAUUCCUGUACCGCGUCAUGUGGGUGGCGGUGCCCCUCCAGUUGCUCCUCCUCCUGCUGCUGGUGGGCAUGGCCUGCCUGGUGCCAAUGUAUGAGGGGGAUUUCAGCUGCAGCCAGUCCAAUAACUUUGCCCGUUCCUUCUACCCCAUGCUCAAAUACACCAACGGGCCCCCUCCUGUAUAGUCUAUCAUGACAGACCAAACAUUUGGUUCUGGGUGCCGAGCGAGAUUACUUCCGGUAUAUUCCAGCCUGGCCCUGGCAUGGAGACGAACCUGAGGAGGACAGUUGGGGUUUUUGAACAUCAUCACAGUUGGGGUUUUUAAUUGUAUUGGAACUCUUGCAGUUUCCAUGAAGAAUAGAGGGAUAAGCAUUGCCAUCAUUCGGCUCCUUGUGCCGCCAUAAGCAAGAGACAUAGGAACCCAAAUCUCAAACUGAUCUUGGACGUGUCUUCUUUGUGUGGAUAGAGUACAGCAACUGUCUUAUCUUUUGUGGCUGAUAGAAUCACUCAUGUCAUCUUUUAGUUGUCUGUCACAUAUAGACGGAAAAGGCAUUUUUGGAGCAGCACAUGUAAGAACCAAAAAUGUUUCUGACUGCAGUCAGUGGAUAUCAACUGGAUGCUGGAACUGUUGGGUUGAAACACAGCUGCCAUUUGACACCUAGUUCAAUACAGAACAUGUAACCUGUGAAUUUGCCUGUUGUAACAAUUGAACAUUUGUAAAAUAACAUUUUAAGAUGACUAACAUUGCAUUUAUUUUUUACAUGUAUUUUGGCAUGCAGUUAUAAUCUUUGCUUUUACUUAUGCUUUUACUUGAUACGUGUUGAAUAGUUGAUUUUUAAUAUGAACUAUACUAUAACUGUGUGUAAGAAUCUAUUUAAUCUGAAUUGUGUUUUGAAUGUGUAUGUGAAAUAAUGAGAGUUGUUUGCUCUAAACUGUUUGACUGUAUAAGAAACCUUUAAAAACAUUCACUGUAUGGAAAUAAUGUACUGAACACACUUUGUUGUUAUUUUUCUAAUUGAAAAUAUGGAAACGAUCUACUUACUAUUAAUCAAAACUAUAACGAAUUAUAAAACAACUGUAUAUUUUCUAUGGCUCUGUGCGUUCAGUAUUACAUGUAUAACAGUCCAGGAUUACUUAACAUGUUCUGUACAUAAUAUAAAUGUAUAUCUAUAAUGUAUAUCUGAGCCUAAAUCACAAAUAUUGAAUGCCAAAUUCUCA